AUGGAGCAGGAGCAGGACCCAAUAGCUCUGGGUCAAGAUGUCCAGGUCAUUGACCCAGAUGUCCGUGGCCAUGUGUAUAGCCUGGUGACUGCGCUCGGAGGUUUCAAUGGCGAAGAUGCGGAUCGCUACGUCCUGGGAGAUGAUGCCCUCGCGUGCCUGCGCGAUAUCAAACGGUGGUUGAAACUGUACGAUGAAAAAAAUAACCGAAUGGAUGUGGCGCGAUGCCUGGGAGAGGCCAAUUUAGUCAAUGGCGAUCUACUUCCAAUUCUCUCACUCUGGUGGAACAGUGGGCAAAAAAACAAGCGCAUGACUCGCAUUGCUCUAGCAUGCUUGGAACUUCUCGUGCCGUUGACUUGGCCAGUCGAGUUUCAUAGCCAGAUGACCGUGAACCACCACCGCCACACCCCCUACAUCCAACAAGCACAAGUCCAAUACAAGCGAGGCAUUCUCAAAAAUGGUGGAGCAGAUAUCCUACGCACCGUCAUACGAAUUGCGCUUCCUAGCAUGGCCCUGCCUCGAUCCGAACGGGAAGCCCGAGACGAAGGCAUACUCAAACUCAUGCUGUAUUUCAUUCGGAACAUUGCCAUAAUAUCUACGAAUGCACGCCUGGCUGCUGAUGGCGAAGAAGAGGAGACUUCAAGAUCGGCUACUAUCGAUGCAUUUCAAGAACAAGAUGCGUUUGCCCUUCUUCUGACCAUGUGUUCCAAUGUUGGCGACGACUUCAACCUACAGGACGUGGUAUUGCUGGAAACACUUUUCCACCUCGUGAAAGGUGUGAAUGUCGAGAAAUUGUUCAUGGAUGACGAUCAGAAAAAGGCAAAGGGAGCGAAUGAACUGGGUGACCUUUUACGCAAGGAGAAUAAAGUACGAAGAGAAUACGCCAAAAAUGCGCCAACCCGACAUGGACGCUUCGGUACUAUGAUUUGGGUCAAGCGAGAUGAUGCCAAGGUAUCAACUGUCUCUGGACAGACCGUACUGCGGGACGACCAAACCACCCUCCAAAAGAUGGAUGAGAGUAAGAAAUGGAACAAACCUAAACCUCGUCGCAAGCAGGAAGAUGUUGUUCAGAACAACAAUUUCAACAUGCCCACGCAUCUAGACUCGUCCGCAUCCAAGAAUCUGCGAAAAUUCGUGGAGGAAUUCCUGGACUCCGGCUUCAAUCCUCUGUUCACCCACGUUCGAAAAGCGAUUGAGCGUGAAGCAGAGCGGGUUCUGGAAAUCAAUUCCCGUCAAUUUUUCUACACAGUGGGCUGGUUUCUUGAAGCGGAGCGCACCCGACGGACUCGGCAGAUGAAGCAACACAUAAACAGCGGGAAAAAGGCUAAGGAUAUGGAGCCAGACAGCUAUGGUCUGGUUGCUGGCGUCUUAAACCAGGAGACAUUCAUUUCCCUAAACCGUGCCAUGCAGAAUAGCCUGGACAACAAGGAGUGGGAGGAUCUCACGGCGCAAAUGCGCUGUUUCACGCAGAUUCUGUUGACCGUCCAGGAAAUGGCUGCAUCGCCACUCGACGAAGAUCAGGAAAUUGCAGAAAAUAUUCAAAACCGCAUUUUCUAUGAAGAAACGACCCACGAGCGUAUCAUUGCUAUAUUGCGCGGUUUCAAAGACCAAGGCUUCGGUUACCUGGAUGCUGCUACAGAGCUCGUGCAUGUAUUCUUAAGAAUGCUUGAGCGAUACUCCAAGGAGAACGCCGACAUGCAGGUCCGAUCCCGGCAAAGGGCCAGGCGCAAUAAGAAAAAGGCCGCCCAAGCUAGUGGACAGGAUGGAGACGACGACGAAGAAGCACGAAAAUCCGAGGACGAAGAUAUGGAAGAUGUCGCUAGGUCCGUGAAGGAACGUGCUUUUGAUUUCAAGCGAUUCGCGUCCAAAUUUUGCAACCAGAAGUGCGUCGACACUUUCGUUGCAUUUACCGAGUUCUAUCGUGAACUGACUUCGGAGCAAUUGAAACGUGCUCAUCGUUAUUUCUAUCGCAUUGCGUUCAAGCAGGAGAUGACCGUCCUGUUGUUCCGCUUGGAUAUCAUCAAGCUUUUCCACAAGAUGAUCAAGGGGCCGGGAGGGAUAGACUCUAGCGAUCCUGUCUUCAGAGACUGGGAAGAGCUGGUCCGUCAACUGAUUCGACGUCUCGUCAAGAAGAUCGACCAACGUCCUGCCAUGAUCACUGAGCUGUUGUUCAGCAAAAUGAACUCUACUGUGUUCUACCUGGAGUACGGACACGAAAGACAGACUAUAUCUACUGCCAAACGUGCGCCCGCUGAGCUGGAAUUUACUUCGAAGGAAACAAUGACCAAGGAAUCUAAGCUGGGAGUUGUCGCUGGCGCUCUUGCUCUCGAUGGUAGGGCCGAUCUCGCAAAAUGGGUUGUCGAUGUUUUAAGCUCCGCAGCCUCUGAGAGAGAAUCCUGGGAGCAACAAGAUGAAGCUCGCCGCGCAGAGGAUCCCGAUGCUCCCAGCACCUCCAAUCCCAUGAUUUACGUGAAAGCUCGCGACGAGUUCUGUCAGAAUGCCAUGUUCGCAAAUGCAAAGCUUCGACUUCUCAUGGGUGUGGUUGGAUUUGAACGAAUAGGAGUGGAAGAUGUGCCUGGUGCCUCUUGGGUGAUCCCUCCGACUAUGACAUCGAGUGAUUUGCGGGAUGCCAUUUCAAAUAUCAGCCAGACACUUGUCAACCCAAUGCCCGAAGGCAGCACUGAAGAUCCCCGUACUUUACUUGGUCGCAAAAACGCCAGUGCUCGAAACAGCUCGGCUCAUGAGCUUAUUGAUGUCAACUUCGGAUCAGAAUCGGAGGGUGAAGAUACUGUUCCUGAUGGGUUAAUGUUCCCUCCAAACCCUCGAUCAAAAUCCAAUGCUUUGGACGAACUGAAAAAGAAACGGAAGAAGAAGACCAAGACCACUUCGGAGUCAGAGCCUUUGGAUGAUGAAACCUUGGAGGCUCGUCGACAGUCCCGUCUCACCAAUACUUUAGCCCGCCAGCAAAAGAUAAAGAGUGAGCUUUUCAUUCAUCCUAGCGACGAGGAGAGCGACGCGGAAGCAGAUGCGGAAUUCUUCCGACUGGAAGAGGAACGACGACUAGCACAGGCGGAGAAUAUUAAGAAAGCCAUGCUUCAUGGUAUCGUGGAAACCUCCAUUGCCAAGGGCAAGAAGAAGGCGAGCAUCCGUAAACGCCAAAGUGACACAGGCGCCUCUGCUGCUGCAAAGCCAAAGCGCCAGCGACGCGGAUCUAGCUCCGCCGGCAGUCGCAUGGACAGUGACGGCGGCGAUGAUAUCCUCAUGGCGGAAUUGGAAGCCCAAUCCCCUCAGUCACCGCAGGAAGCGUCUACAAGCAAGGGCUCCCGAGACAACGAAGAUACUCCUCUCACAUCGGCCGAGGAUGAAAUGGAUUUCGAUGAGGAUUUUGCGAUUAGUCGGAACCGAAAUCUGAAGCCUUCUGUGCCUGAAAAUGAUGCCGAUGAAGAUGAUGAGGACGCUCCGGUUGUCUCGUCUCGCCGACGUGUAGGAGGCUUUGUGAUUGAUAGUGAUUCUGAGUAA